AUGGCAGAAGGUCAUGGCUUUCCUAGCAUGUUAGGUAGCAUUGACUGCAUGCAUUGGCAAUGGAAAAAUUGUUUGAAAGCAUGGAAAGACCAAUCUCCAGUGUUCGAUAAUAUUCUAAAUGACCGUGCUCCAGAGAUAAAUUAUACGAUUAAUGGUAAUAAUUAUACUAUGGGAUACUAUUUAGCAGAUGAUAUUUAUUCUGAAUGGGCCAAAUUUAUCAAAUCAAUCUCAAAGCCACAAGGAGAGAAACGCAAGUUAUUUGCACAAUACCAAGGGCAAAGAAAAGAUGUGGAGCGAACAUUAGGAGUGUUGCAAGCACGCUUUGCAAUUAUACGUGAUCCAGAUCGCUUUUGGGAAAAGAAGAAGAUUGCAAACAUAAUAAGAGUUUGUAUUAUAUUGCAUAAUAUGAUUGUUGAGGAUGAAAGAGACACUUGUGUAGAAAAUUUUGCUCAAGACUUAGAGUAUGACAAUGUCGAAAAAGGCUUAUCACAACCUCAGCUGGGGGAGAAAGAUUUUGCACCAUACCAUCAAUUUCUCCAAAGAAAUGCCCAACUUCGGAAUAGGUGGGUCAUAAAUAGAGAUUGGGAUGAGUUCCCUUCUGAAGAUAAUCUAAAUGAAUCUAUUUGA